AUGAAUCAAACGAUUGUGUAUAACCUGGAAUUAAUCUGGCACAAAUGGAAACAAAAUGAAUUGCAACGGACGUAUAAUGUAUUAUUGGAAUAUGCUUUGUCACCUAAAACUGCAGGGGAGUCUGUGGUCAAACUAGCCUAUCCAGAAUCAUAUGCUCUACCUUGCUCAUAUAACGGAAGCUUGAAACGAUAUGGCACUACACGAGAUACUGGAAAAUUUCUAUGUGGUUUGGACAAGCUAUCUCCAGAAACUAAUAAUUGUAUUAUCUACAGUUUAGGCUCGGGUGGAUCUUUUGAUUUCGAGGAAUCAGUUUUAAAACAAACACAAUGCCAAAUGUAUACAUUUGACUGUACAAGUUCGCAACCAAAAAAUCCUAUCCAUCGUUUGUACUUCGAUAAAGUUUGUUUGGGAGAGGCAUCGAGACUACAAGAAUAUUUGUAUCCAUAUGCGAAUCAGCCAAGAAAACCUUCAAAUAUGACGGUAAAACCAGAAGACGAACUAUUAUAUAAAAGUUUGAGACAAAUCUUAAGAGAAAAUAAUCAUACUGUCGUCCAUGUGCUGAAAAUGGAUAUUGAAGGAGGAGAAUAUUCUGUAUUCGUCGAUUUAUUUACAAAUAAUAAAGUAAAUCUGCCCUAUCAGAUAGCAUUCGAAUCACACUGGUGGCAUCGAGACAUUUAUCAUGCCCUGUUACAUCAACAGAUGUUUGCUGAGUUAUGGAAAAACGGUUACAGAUUUUUACAGCACGAGUACAAUUCAUUUGAUAGAGCAUGCGUUGAAUGGACACUACUGAGAGUUUAUUGUUAG